AUGCCAGAUCAUUCAACGGCGUAUAUAGGCACGGCCUUCGUGACCGGUGUCUGCUUGGCACUCGCAUAUCAAGAACUGUCACGUCCCAGACAUGAGGAUAAUGAGCCAGAACUAACCUCCCCCAAAAAUGGCACCCGAGCUGGCCCGCCCUCUAUUGUGGAAGGCAUUGAAGGUUGUAUCGGAAACACCCCCCUAUUCCGGAUCAAGUCCCUAUCAGAUGAGACGGGAUGUGAGAUUCUGGGCAAGGCAGAGUUCCUGAAUGGCGCUGGCCAGAGCUCAAAAGACCGAGUGGCACUAAGCAUGAUCGAGAUUGCCGAAGAACAAGGUCUUCUGACACCCCAUUCAGGCGACACAAUCUACGAAGGCACAUCGGGAUCGACCGGCAUUUCCCUAGCAACACUAGCCCGGGCAAAAGGCUACCUAGCACACAUCUGCCUGCCGUCCGACCAGGCAAUUGAAAAAUCCGACCUGCUGCUGAAACUCGGGGCAAUCGUGGAUCGGGUUCCGCCAGCGCCAAUAGUGGAGAAAGACAACUUUGUCAAUCGCGCACGAGCACUAGCAAAGACGCACACGGCCUCAUCGGGAACCCCCUCUGCAUCAUCUGCAUCAGCGGAAGGGCAAUCCGAUCCCCCCGCGGGACACGAGCCCAUGACCCGUGGCCGUGGCUUUUUCGCCGAUCAAUUCGAGAACGAGGCUAACUGGCGCGCCCACUACGAAGGGACCGGCCCAGAGCUGUACGCUCAGUGCGGUGGCCGGCUCGAUGCGUUUGUAGCGGGCGCCGGAACAGGCGGCACUAUUUCUGGCGUGGCCAGGUUUUUAAAGCCCUUGCUGCCUAGCCUUAAUGUUGUGCUGGCUGACCCGCAGGGAAGUGGGCUUUUCAACCGAGUGGUCUACGGUGUUAUGUUUGAUGUUAAGGAGCGGGAGGGGACGCGGCGGCGUCCGCAGGUUGAUACUAUCGUUGAAGGUAUUGGCAUUAACCGGGUCACGGCGAACUUCGAGGCGGGGAAGGAGAUGAUUGAUGAUGCGGUGCGGGUUACUGAUGCACAGGCUUUGGCUAUGGCGCGGUGGCUUGUGGAGAAGGAUGGGAUCUUUAUUGGGAGCAGCAGUGCAGUGAAUUGUGUUGCCGCUGUCAAGACAGCGAGGAGGCUUGGCCCAGGUCAUCGGAUUGUCACGGUCCUUUCGGACUCUGGUUCACGGCAUCUGUCUAAAUUCUGGGCCAAGGCUGGUGAUGUUGGUGGGGCGGUUGAUACGAAGCUUGAGGAUGUUAUGAAUGCACAGGACGAAGACUUUCAUUAG